GCUCUGCCUGUCAAAUUUUAUUUGGAAACACGUUCUUUUCGGUAUAUGUUAGUCUCUUAUUUUUUAAUUUCAAUUAAGAAAUUUGAAAGAUGGGUACAACAAAAAAAUUAGAAAUCGAUUUAAUUCCUGAGGAUUUGGAAUUCGGAGUGUUCUCCAAUGAUGAAAUAAAGAGGCUUAGUGUUGUUAAAAUUAUUACUGGUUUAACAUUUGAUCCUCUUGGCCAUCCUUUGCCCGGAGGCUUAUAUGACAACUUAAUGGGUACAUAUGGUCGACGAAUGGAACCAUGUGGUACUUGUUAUAACAUGCAGGCAUGUCCUGGACAUAUGGGCCAUAUUGAGUUAAACGCACUAGUGUUUAAUCCUUUCUUUAUAAAACUAGUACAGAAAAUGUUAAGUAUUUUUUGCUUAAACUGUUUCAAGAUACAACUGAAAGCUCAUGUUUGUGAAGUGCUGACUUUGCAAUUACGGCUCGUAGACGCGGGGUAUAUUGUUGAAGCACAAGAACUUGAAAUAUUUAAAUCGGAGAUAGUGUGUCAAAACGAAGAGCGUUUGGUGAAGACUGAAGAUGGAAAAUACAUACAUCCUCGGAUAGCGGCAAUGUUUGAGCUGUUAAAGAAAGGAGAGUCUAAUGCGUGUAACAAUACAAAAACUUCAUGUGGAAUACGUUCGGCUCUGGUUCAUGCUGCUCUUCAACGUGUCCCUUUUAAAAAAUGUAUACAUUGCGAAAAACCCUUGCGCAACAUUCGUUAUUUGUAUCGAAAACUAGUUUACUACAUUACAGCAGCGGAAAUGAAAAUUUCUAUGCCGGAAACACAACAGACAAUGGGUCAAAACAAAUCAAUUUUCGCUGAUGAAUGCCGAAAGUUUCUGAGACAAAUAUAUGAAAACUAUCCGGAUUUGUUAAAACUGUUAUUUCCUCUACUGAAAUUAAAUGCAAGUGGAAAUGAAUCGCCCGUUGAUAUCUUUUUCAUGGAUACUAUACCAGUAAUACCGCCUAAAGCGCGUCCGCCCAAUAUAUUACAUAAUCAGAUUGUGGAACAUCCACAAACAGGAAUUUAUAGAGCUAUAAUUGAAAACAAUUCAGUUCUACGAGUGGUCAUGAAACAUAUUAAAGGGCUGCGAGAGGAGCUUACAGAGGAGGCACAACGUGUAUAUGAAACCACACGAGGCAAAUCAUCUUAUGAGAAAUUAUACAAUGCUUGGCAAACGCUACAAACUUCGGUGGAUUUAUUAUUGGACAUAACAGCUAGCAGAGAUUCUCCAUCGAAUCAAGGGCUUAAACAAGUUUUAGAGAAAAAAGAGGGCUUAAUACGAAAACAUAUGAUGGGUAAGCGCGUUAACUAUGCAGCGCGUACUGUUAUUACGCCCGAUCCAAAUAUCAACGUUGAAGAAGUCGGCAUACCAGAUAUUUUUGCUCGCAAGUUAAGCUAUCCUGUGCCAGUAACACCAUGGAACGUCACUGAACUGCGAAAAAUGGUUAUGAACGGUCCCGACAUUCACCCUGGCGCAAAUUAUAUACAAGAUGAGAAAGGCUACACAACGCUCAUACCAGCAGAUAAUGCAGCAAAGCGUGAGAGCAUGGCAAAACUACUAUUCAAUUAUCCUGAAAAUGGUAUUAAAGUCGUGCACCGGCACGUUCUUAAUGGUGAUGUGCUCCUGCUCAAUCGACAGCCAUCGCUACAUCGACCAUCAAUAAUGGCACAUAAGGCACGAAUUUUGCCUGGCGAAAAGACAUUUCGGCUACACUAUUCCAAUUGUAAAGCGUACAACGCUGAUUUCGAUGGCGAUGAAAUGAAUGCGCAUUUCCCACAAAGUGAAGUAGCAAGAGCAGAGGCUUAUAAUUUGGUUAAUGUGGCAAGUAAUUAUUUGGUUCCUAAAGACGGCACACCUUUGGGCGGCUUAAUUCAGGAUCAUGUUAUAUCUGGCGUAAAAUUGUCAAUUCGUGGACGUUUUUUCAAUAGAGAAGACUAUCAGCAACUGGUGUAUCAAGGCCUCUCACAUUUACGCGAAAAAAUUAAAUUGCUACCACCAACAAUACUUAAACCGACGGUACUUUGGUCUGGAAAACAGGUCCUUUCGACAAUAAUUAUUAACUUGAUACCGGAAGGCUACUCACGCAUCAAUCUACAUACACAAGCUAAAAUCAAUUCAAAGCAAUGGAUCGUAUCACCAGCACACGAAGCUGCUUGUGCACCCCUGGGCGGCAGCGAUUUAUGUGAAAGCAAUGUUAUAAUUCAUAAAGGCGAACUGCUUACCGGCGUACUCGAUAAACAACAAUACGGCGCAACAACCUACGGUUUAAUUCAUUGCAUGUAUGAGUUGUAUGGCGGUGAGGUCUCCACCUGCUUGCUGACGGCGUUUACGAAAUUGUUUACAACAUUUUUGCAACGAGAAGGAUUUACGCUGGGUGUACAAGAUAUAUUGGUUACAGCCGAGGCGGACGCACAAAGGCAAAAAAUAGUUAAGGAAUCACGCAAGGUUGGUGACGCUGCAGUUGCUGCUGCAUUAGAGUUGGAUGAGAUACCAUCGCUUGAUGUGCUUGUUGAAAAAAUGGAUGAGGCGUAUGCAAAAGAUGCCAAAUUCCGUGUUAUCUUAGAUCGCAAAUAUAAAUCGGCACUCGAUGGUUAUACCAACGAUAUAAAUCGUACUUGCUUACCCGGUGGCCUCAUAUCCAAAUUUCCACAAAACAAUUUACAAUUAAUGGUGCUCUCCGGCGCAAAGGGAUCUAUGGUGAACACUAUGCAGAUAUCAUGUUUGUUGGGACAAAUUGAAUUGGAGGGUAAACGUCCACCACUCAUGAUAUCUGGCAAGUCAUUGCCGAGCUUCACAUCCUUUGAGACGUCACCGAAAUCGGGUGGAUUCAUUGACGGCCGUUUCAUGACCGGCAUACAGCCACAAGAUUUCUUCUUCCAUUGCAUGGCGGGUCGUGAAGGUCUUAUUGAUACUGCUGUGAAAACAUCGCGUUCGGGCUACUUGCAACGUUGUCUGAUCAAACAUCUCGAAGGACUUAGUGUUGGCUAUGACAUGACUGUGCGCGAUAGCGACAACAGCGUUGUACAAUAUCUAUAUGGCGAAGAUGGAUUAGACAUACUCAAAUCAAAGUUUUUCAAUACUAAUUUCUGCAUGCAAUUUUUGGCGCUCAAUUACACAGCAAUCAUUCAUUCAAACGAGCUGAAAAACAUCAAAGACGAACAGACACUCAACAAGAUUGCACGACAUGUGAAGAAAAUACGAAAAUGGCACAAUAAACGCGAAGAAAGAAACAUAACGCAUGAAACGAAUAGAAUACAGUCGGCCUUCACCGAUUUCUCAGCCGAUGCACCAACCAAAGCGAAUGCACUUGAGGUGAACCCCAAAAACGGACGCAGCAUGGAUUAUGCAUACAAACGAAAGCUUUGGCGUAAAGCUGAUGUCGAAACGAAAGAACAAUAUGAAAAGUCAAGCGCGCGUUGUCCCGAUCCCACAACAUCUCUUUACAGACAGGAUAAUUGCUACGGAAGUAUUUCUGAGCGUCUAGAGAAAAUCGUCGAUGAAUAUAUGAAAAAGUAUCCAAAUAGUAAAGCGGCAAUUGACGACAUAAUAUACUUGAAAAACAUAAAAGCAUUGGUGUCGCCGGGCGAGCCAGUCGGCUUAUUAGCCGCCCAGUCAAUUGGUGAACCUUCGACGCAGAUGACACUGAACACUUUCCAUUUCGCCGGUCGUGGUGAAAUGAACGUCACGCUCGGUAUACCGCGUCUGCGUGAAAUUCUCAUGUUAGCGUCGGCUAAUAUCAAAACCCCUUCGAUGGAUAUACCAAUAAAACCGAGUGAGGUUAAAAGAGCCAAUAAACUGCGUAUUAAACUGAAUCGCGUUACUUUAGCGGAUAUAUUGCAAUUUGUUAAUGUGAAAACUAAACUGGUUCUUAAGCCUGAGCGCGCAUACCAAUACAAGCUACGCUUCCAAUUCCUGCCACAUGAAGCUUAUCAGAACGAUCUCUGCGUGCGACCAAAGAAGGUGCUAAAAUAUAUGGGUGAGGUGUUCUUCAAGCUAUUGUUCCGUUCCGUUAUAAAGUCUUCAAAAAGCAAAUCAUCUAUCAUUGAUAUAAAUGAAGAAAAAGAUGGCGGAGAUAAAAAUUUAGAUGAAGAUGAAUCUAGAAAUGAAAUAGGUGGCCAAUCCAAGAGAGGAAAAACAACGAGUGCUAUCGAAGUAGAUUCGUCGGAUGAUGAACAAGCUAAUGAUGAUGAUGACGCAACUGGUCGUAAAUUUAAAACGCGUAAGCAAGAUGAAACUGAGUAUGACGAUCCCGAAGUUUUGGAGGAAAUUAAAGAUGCUGAUGAUGACGAUGAAAUGGGUGAUGCAGAAAAUGAUGACGACGUUAAUGAAGAUGUAGGAAAAACCGAUGCAGGUGAUGCUAUGGUGGAAAAAGUGCUCAGCAAUGAGAUGGUUCAAGAAUAUUCAUAUGACAAGGAGCUGCAUCAGUGGUGCAAACUUACGUUUCAUCUAAACAUGAAAUACAAAAAGCCUGAUAUAUCAUCGAUUAUACGAGAAUUGGCUGGUAAAUGCGUUGUGCAUCAAGUGCAAAAUAUUAAGCGUGCUAUCAUUUAUAAAGGCGACAAUAAUACGCAAUUAUUGAAAACCGACGGCAUAAAUAUUGUUGAGAUAUUCAAGUACAAUGAUAUUUUAGAAUUAAAUCGCCUUUAUUCCAACGAUAUACACGCUAUUGCCAAAACAUAUGGCAUUGAAGCAACGGCGCAGGUCAUAAUUAAGGAAGUGACAAACGUUUUCAAAGUUUAUGGCAUCACAGUGGAUAGACGACAUCUCUCAUUAAUUGCCGAUUAUAUGACGUUUGAUGGUAGCUUCCAACCGCUUUCACGUAAAGGCAUGGAACACUCCUCCUCACCAUUGCAACAAAUGUCAUUCGAAUCCUGUUUGCAGUUUUUGAAAAAUGCUGCUGGCAGUGGACGUGCUGAUGAGCUGAGUUCACCGUCAAGUCGGUUGAUGGUUGGCUUACCGGUACGAAAUGGCACAGGUGCCUUUGAGUUAUUAACAAAAAUUUGUUAAAAAUUACAACUACAGUGAAAAAUUUAUAUAAAAUCAAUAAAACACCUACUUUGUAAUAUAUACACUU